CACUACACAUACGCAGAGCCACUCACACACUCAUUAAUCUUUUGAACUCAUAAGCAAUCUCUCUCUCUCUCUCUCUCUCUGUGUCUCUCUCUCUCCAUUUGAACGGUAAGAACUCAAAACGGAAGAUCAAUCAAUCGUUGAUUUCCAUUUGUUUAAAAAUUCAAAACCCAUUAAUCUCUCAUGAACCAGUAAUUAAUGACUCUCUGUAACUACCCAACAAAGAUCAGUACAAAUAUAAGCACUCUCUCUCACUUCUCUUGAGGUUCCAACACCGCCAUGGAUGGAAGGGCUGAAGGAGGUCAAGAGAGAAGCUAUUGGAGAUGGAGCAAAUAGGAUUUCUUCCUUGAACAGUCCUUCCAAAGCUGGAGUAGCUAUAGAUCGGUGUUCUCUCAGACAUGUUUCUGAUUCAAGGAUCGUCUCCUGGACCGCUCCACAGAGUCAAACGAGUUGGAAGUGUUGAGUAGACAGAGCGAGAAUAGCAUGAAACGAUGCCUCACAUGGUGGGAUCUCAUCUGGUCAGCUUCGGCUCUGUUGUCGGCGCUGGCAUCUUCAUUCUUACAGGUCAAGAAGCUCACAACUAUGUCGGCCCUGCAAUUGUUCUAUCCUAUGCCGCUUCAGAUGUGGCCAUCUCUGAUCGCUAAAGCUAAAGAAGGAGGAAUAGACGUGAUACAAACCUAUGUGUUUUGGAACCAACACGAGCCCCAACAGGGCCAGUAUAAUUUUGAAGGGAGAUUAGAUUUGGUGAGGUUCAUCAAGGAAAUCCAAGCAAAAGGCCUCUAUGCAAACCUUCGGAUUGGACCCUUCAUCGAGGCCGAAUGGACUUAUGGAGGGCUACCAUUCUGGUUGCAUGACAUCAAAAAUAUUGUUUAUCGAUCUGAUAAUGAGCCCUUCAAGUUUUAUAUGCAAAACUUUACAACCAAGAUAGUAAACUUGAUGAAAUCAGAGAACCUCUAUGCUUCUCAAGGAGGACCCAUUAUUCUGUCUCAGAUAGAGAACGAAUACAAAAACGUCGAAGGUGCCUUUCACGAAAAAGGACCGCCUUAUGUUCGCUGGGCUGCAGAAAUGGCUGUGGGGCUUGACACUGGUGUUCCAUGGGUGAUGUGCAAACAAGAUGAUGCCCCUGAUCCAGUGAUCAACUCAUGCAAUGGGAUGAGAUGUGGACAAACAUUUGCAGGACCCAAUUCACCUAAUAAGCCAGCUAUAUGGACAGAGAACUGGACAUCCUUCUAUCAAGUAUUUGGUGGAAAACCAUACAUAAGGUCUGCUCAAGACAUUGCCUUCCAUGUUGCACUAUUCAUUGCUGCAAAGAAAGGAAGCUAUGUGAACUAUUACAUGUAUCAUGGUGGAACAAAUUUUGGAAGGACAGGCUCUGCAUAUGUGACAACAAGUUAUUAUGAUCAAGCUCCUCUUGAUGAGUAUGGUUUGAUUAGACAACCAAAAUGGGGCCAUCUCAAGGAAUUACAUGCUGCAAUAAAGUUGUGUUCAACACCUUUACUUCUUGGUACAUAUACUAAUCUCUCUCUAGGUGACUCACAACAGGCUCAUGUUUUCCAAGGCAAAUCAGGAGAAUGUGCUGCCUUUCUUGUGAACAAUAAUUCAAGAAAAAUUGUUAAAGUGACAUUUCAAAAUCAAUCUUAUGAAUUACCCCAAGCGUCAAUUAGUAUCUUGCCAGAUUGCAAGAAUGAAGUCUUCAACACUGCAAAGGUUACCUCUCAGUAUAGUACAAGAUCAACAGUACCGGUCUUGAUGUUCAACUCAGCUAAACAAUGGAAAGCAUUCCAGGAUGUUAUCCCUAACUUUGAAGAGACAUCAUUAAGAGCAGAUUUAUUGUUGGAGCAUAUGAAUACAACUAAAGACAAGUCAGAUUAUCUUUGGUACACUUUCAGCUUUCAGCAUGACUCCUCCAGUGAUAAGAAUCUCUCUGUCUACUCCCUUGGCCAUGUUGUUCAUGCUUUUGUCAACAAUUUAUAUGUAGGAUCUGCACAUGGCAAUCAUGACAAUAUAAGUUCAAAUCUUGAGACUUCAAUUUCACUAAAUAAUGGAACGAACAAUGUUUCAUUAUUAAGCGUAAUGGUUGGAUUGCCGGAUUCAGGAGCAUAUCUUGAGCGUAGAGUUGCAGGAUUACGGAGAGUGAGAAUCCAUGGAAAUAAUGAAGCAGACUCUCAAGAUUUCACUAACAGCAGUUGGGGAUACACAGUUGGGCUACUUGGAGAGCAGUUACAGAUAUAUAAUGAUGAAGGAUCAGAUAAAGUUCAGUGGACCAACAUUGGAAACUCUACUCAGCCUCUCAUGUGGUAUAAGACUACUUUUGAUGCACCUAGUGGGAAUAAUCCCUUAGUCCUAAAUCUUGGAUCAAUGGGAAAAGGUGAAGCUUGGAUUAAUGGCCAAAGCAUCGGUCGUUACUGGGCCUCCUUUCGCGUCCCAAAUGGAGAUCCUUCACAAAUAAUGUACCAUGUUCCUCUAUCCUUCCUCAAACCCUUAGGGAACCUUCUAGUGGUAUUAGAAGAAUUUGGUGGUGACCCUCUCCAAAUCACCUUAGAGACUGUAUCUAAUGAUGAAAUGUGUGGAUAUGCUUCAGAUACCCAUCUCUGCCCAGUGACUCCAUGGGUGGAUAUUAUGAGUAAUAAGGGAAUGGAGAAGAAUACAAGACACCAUGGCAGGAGACCAAGAGUUAAGCUUGAAUGUCCUUUAGGAAAGGCCAUCUCAAAUAUUUCAUUUGCAAGUUUUGGGAACCCCUCUGGUGGAUGUGAAAGUGAAAAUCAUGUUUUAGGAAGUUGUCAUUCAUCUAAUACCAAAGUAAUUGUGGAGAAGGCUUGUUUGGGAAAGAAACAUUGUUCUAUUCCCCGAUCGAUCCGAAGUUUCGGUAGAGAUCCAUGUCCAGGCAUCUCAAAAGCUCUGUUGGUGCAUGCAGAAUGUAGUUCUAGGGACCUAGAUGACCCAAGGAGUAAUUUAAUUUAAAUAUUUUUAUAGAGUUGAAAUAGACAGUAAUAUCUUGUAUCUGUGAAAUAACUUUCAUAUUUGAAAAUUAAAAAUUCAAUUUGAUAAA